AUGUCCACCGUCGCCGCCCGUCCUCUCUCGAGCAAUUGUGUCGCCCACGAGUUCUCUUCGGAGUCAGCAAACAUGUUCACCCCCACCCUCCGCCGCGCUGCCGCCCAGGCUUCCUCUUUCGGGCCCAAGUACUACACUCCCCGUCACGUUGGUGGCGUGAACCUCAGCACCCUGACCCAGGCCGGUACUCUCGCUGGCAGCUUCGGCGUUGCUGCCGGUGUCUUUGCAGUCUUCUUCUUCGGCGAGGUGCCCCGUGUGCGCAAGGAUAUCCUGCAGAAGAUCCCUGGCCUGGACGUCUACUUUGACCGCACUGUGGCCCCCGAGGACAACCCCUUCUAA